AUGUCUCUCUUGGCUAAUACCCUGUGCCUUUUAUUAUUCUUUUCAUCUUCUGUGCUUCGCGUAGCACAGGGUUCUAGCCGAGGCUCCUUAGGUAGAAAAAACGGUGCUACUACCUUUCCUCCUUCUCUCUUGGGUGAUGAUGGCAUAUGCGCCUCUUCUGUUGUUAUUCAUGGUUACAAGUGCCAGGAACUUCAAGUUACAACUGCAGAUGGGUACAUUCUUAGCGUCCAAAGAAUCCCAGAAGGUAGAAGUGGCAAUGGGAAUAAUCAGACGAAGCAGCCAGUGAUACUUCAGCAUGGAAUAUUAGUGGACGGAGCGCAAUGGCUUUUGAACGGUCCAGAGCAAAAUCUGCCACUGAUAUUAGCUGAUAACGGCUUCGAUGUUUGGAUUUCUAACACCAGAGGCACCAGAUUCAGCCGCCGCCAUGUCUCAUUGGACCCUUCUUCUAAGGCAUAUUGGGAUUGGUCAUGGGAUGAACUGGCUAGCUAUGAUGUACCUGCUGUUGUGGAGUAUGUGUCCAGCCAAACAGGACAAAAGCCCCAUUACGUCGGCCAUUCACUGGGAACAUUGACAGUUUUGGCUUCCUUCUCGGAAGGGAAAUUGGUGAAUCAGCUGAAAUCAGCAGCAUUAUUGAGCCCCAUAGCCUAUUUGAGUCAUUUAACCACUCAAUUAUUAGAUGUUGCAGCUAAGUUUUAUCUAGACGAGUUCAUUCGAAUAUUUGGGAUAUCGGAAUUCGUUCCCAAAGGGAUACCUGUUCAAGCAUUUCUCAAGCUAGUUUGCACUCACCCUGGAGUAGAUUGUUAUGACUUGUUGCCUGUUAUAACCGGUAAAAAUUGUUGCCUCAAUUCUUCAACUAUUGAAUUAUUAUUGAAGAAUGCACCUCAGUCAACAGCAUCAAAGAAUUUGGUACACUUGGCCCAGACUAUUAGAAGUGGGGUUCUUGCAAAGUAUAAUUACGUGAGACCAGACUAUAAUUUUAUGCACUAUGGAGAAGCAUCCCCUCCAAUUUACAACCUAUCUAAUAUCCCUCAUGACGUACCUCUAUUUCUGAGCUAUGGUGCUCGAGAUGCUCUUUCUGAUGUUGUUGAUGUGCAAACUUUACUUGAUUCCCUAAAGUCUCAUGAUGCUGAUAAGCUUAGUGUUCAGUUCAUCAAGGACUAUGCUCAUCUUGAUUUCGUUAUGGGGGUCAAUGCCAAAGACGUAGUGUACAAUGCUGUCAUUUCAUUUUUCAACCGUCAAUUUAAUUAA